AUGAGUAACCAGGGUAAGGGCGCCGAAGGUAUUUCAAAGCAACAUGACCUCAGAUCAAGAAGAAAGAAUAUCGAGAAAUUUAAGGACGUUCUCGGCUAUUCCCAGGAAGGUAAACUGGAGCAGGCGAAAUCCGAUAGUGCCAAUGCUUCGAUGGGUAAAACUGAUGAGCACCAAGCGCGUCCGAGCGAACCCACCGAGGUUCAGUCGAAAUCUCCCUAUGACUCUCAGGAGGGGCAGCAGGAGUCUAGCAUUGAAGGCCAAGCUGGUCCGCCGCAGCCGGAAGAUGUAGAUAUGCCUGAUUCUGCUCCACCCGCCGAAGGGACGCAGAAUAUUCUUGAUAGGGUGUCCAGCACAGAUGGUAAUGACCUCGACGAUGACAUCUUGACAGACUUCAAAAGUCUGUCUCUUGGGGAUGACCAGAAUGGAGAAGUGGACGGAUGGGGAAGCUUAGGAAAAUCAUCUCGGUUUUUCAUCUUUCGGUUCGGACCCCCCGGAGGGGCAAAGUACAGACUUCCAACGGCAGUGAAGAUCUUUUCACGGUCAAUGAAGCGUUGUUCAGCGUCUUCGAGAGUUGGCAGUUUGUUGUAA